GUGCCCUAUCUCUUCUUAGUGCUGCCUACUGCAGCUGGCAAAACAACAUUAUUCCUGUUUGGGGCUAGUCUAGCCACUAGUCAGGUGACUAUGGUGAUUGUGCCAUUGAUCUCUCUGAAGCUAGACCUAUUUAGGAAAGCUGCUGCCUUAGGCCUCCAGCCUACUACCUGGGACCCUAACCAGAUCAUGCCAUCAGCUAGUUCUAGGGUUAUCUUAGUGCAGAUUAAGCAUCUAGAGAACCCUAGAUUCAAUGAGCUAGCUGAUCAUCUGAUUACCCAGAAGAGGCUAGCGCGAAUUAUCUGGGAUGAAUGCCAUCUCAUUCCACUAGCGCAAAGCUAUCGGCCAAUCAUGUUGCGGGCCUGGCAUGCCCUAGCCCUACCUGUGCCCAUGGUAUUCAGCUCAGCUACCCUACCUCAUCACCUGCAGGCGGAGCUA